CAUAAUUUGUGUGGAUACAGUCUUCGAAGCUGUUUUCUGCCAUUUUUCUGCUACAACCUCCUUGCUUCUCUUCUCCAUACGAGUACGAUCUGAACUGGUUUCAUCUCUAUUUCUUCAAAAAAGCUGUUCAUCUUCGUCCUUCCGUUAGUGGUUUGACUUCUUGGACUUGUUCUGUUGCGUCAUUUUUAUCCUCUUCAAUGUUGUUUUGAUUCCAUGGCGUCUACUGUUCUUGAGCAUUUUCUCUUUCGCCUUCGUCUUCUGAGGGUUGAUGUGUGAUGAGUGCUUUACUGAUUGAAGUUUUUGAGGAUUUUCCUGUAGCGAGGGAGGUUUGCUGUUGAAAUUGAGUUUUGCGUGGUUGAGAAUUUGGUUUUUGGUGGCGAGGUUGGGACUUGAGGUUUGGAGAUCGAAAGUAUGGGUGCGGAGAUUGAAGAACAGAACUGGAUUCAUGAUAAACCCGAUCCUAAUUCUCUCUGCUUGCAGAAAUUCAGGCUCUAUGAGACGCGUUCGAACUUUUAUAUGAUUGGAAGAGACAAGAACCGAACGUUCUGGAAAGUGUUGAAGAUCAGCAGAUUGGAACCUAACGAUCUAAACAUUCUUGAAGAUUCUACCGUAUACACGGAUAAUGAGUGCUUUGACCUGCUGAAACGAAUAAACGAAGGAAACAAGUUAACGGGUGGGCUCAAAUUUGUGACCACUUGUUAUGGAAUUGUUGGUACCAUCAAGUUUUUGGGACCGCAUUACAUGUUAUUGAUUACAAAGCGAAGAAAGAUUGGAACUAUCUGCGGCCAUGCAAUUUAUGCAAUUACGAAGAGCGAAAUGAUUCCAAUUCCAAAUUCUACUGCCCGGUCCAAUUUGGAUAUUUCUAAGGGUGAAAACAGAUACAAGAAGCUCUUACGCACUGUGGAUCUUAGGAAAGACUUCUUUUUCAGCUACUCAUACAAUGUCAUGCGUUGCCUCCAAAAGAACAUUUGUGAUAAUAAGACAGGACAUUUGCUUUAUGAUACAACGUUUGUCUGGAACGAGUUCUUAACUCGUGGAAUCCGGAACACUCUCAACAAUACCAUCUGGACUGUUGCCUUAGUGUAUGGUUUCUUUAAGCAGGUUGAUCUUUCUGUGUCUGGCAAAGAUUUGAAGUUGACACUCAUUGCUAGACGAUCACGUCAUUAUGCUGGUACAAGAUUUCUAAAAAGAGGCGUUAACGAGAAGGGAAGAGUAGCUAAUGAUGUUGAGACAGAACAGAUUGUUUUCGAAGAUGCUUCCGAUGGUCGACCGACUCGAAUAAGUUCAGUUGUGCAGAAUCGAGGAUCGAUCCCCUUAUUUUGGUCCCAAGAAACCUCACGGCUGAAUAUUAGGCCCGAUAUCAUAUUGUUAAAGAAGGACCCGAAUUACGAAGCCACAAGACUACAUUUUGAGAAUCUUGUUUUGAGAUAUGGGAAUCCAAUAAUUAUAUUGAAUUUGAUUAAGACGCGCGAGAAGAAGCCACGAGAAGGUAUCCUCCGUGCUGAGUUUGCAAAUGCUAUAAGACAUAUAAACAAAAGUUUACCUGCAGAGAACCGCCUAAGAUUUCUCCAUUGGGAUUUGAACAAGCAUGCGAAAAGCAAAGCUUCCAAUGUUUUGAUGCAGCUUGGUAGGGUUGCUACAUAUGCAUUGAACUUAACUGGCAUCUUCUACUGUCAAAUAGCAUCCAAUUCAAGCUCAGAGGAGCUUUUAAGCUGGACCUACUUCAAGAAAAAUCAGGGUACUGAUUCUUCCAUGGAGAACCUAUCCACAGAAGAAGAAAAUGAAGAAAACCUAGAAAAAGACGUCAGUAGUAGGGCGUAUGGCAAUGGUAUACUUGAAAAUCAUCCAGUUGCGAUGUUUCAAAACGGUGUCCUAAGGACCAAUUGUAUAGACUGUUUAGAUCGGACAAACGUUGCCCAAUAUGCCUAUGGGCUAGUUGCUUUAGGACGUCAAUUACAUACGUUAGGGCUUACUGAUUCCCCAAAAAUGGACCUGGAUAAUCCUUUGGCGGAGGAGUUGAUGCGGGCUUAUGAGAACAUGGGUGACACCCUUGCAUUACAAUAUGGUGGCUCUGCAGCACAUAAUAAGAUAUUUUCCGAGAGGAGAGGCCAAUGGAAAGCUGCAACACAGUCUCAAGAGUUUUUCAGAACUCUACAACGUUAUUGCAACAAUGCAUACCUAGAUGCUGAGAAACAACGGGCCAUUAACGUGUUCUUAGGUUACUAUCAGCCACAGCUGGGAAAGCCAGCUUUGUGGGAAUUAGACUCUGACCAACAUUAUGAUCUAGGCAAGCGCAUUACUGAUCUUAUUGAUGAGAAUUUCAGGACAUCUUUUAAAAGAUCACUAUCAGAUGGCAAUAUACUUGGUCAGAGUGAGUCUGAUAUGUUGAAUACACAUGACGGAAGCAGCAGGCCCUCUCCUCAUUUGAACGAAGGAUGUACUAAAGGCUUCUCAGAGUCUGCACCAGAGGUCUCAACUUGCGAGGAUAUAUCUCUUUGCAGGUAUACUCCCUCUGUGUGUACUAGACAACUACAGGAAAACAUGCAGGAUGAUCAAAUGCUAGAUCAUAUUUGCCACGAUGAGCAUGGGGAUUCAUGCAGCUGCUCUAAUUUUCUGGAUUUGGACUGGAUUUCUUCAUCUGGGAAUUCUUGUGAAGAUGAGUUGUGUGAAAGGUCUGUCACCAGUCUUUCAUCGGAAAAUGUUGCAAGUGAGAUGAAGAUUGACUUUAUCUCGUCUGCAAGUGAGUCUGGAUCAAGCUCAAAGGUAAAAGAACGGUCUGGAACUGACCUUAAUCGUGACGAUAUCGUCACUGAAUACUCUGAUCAUUUUGUCGACUGGGUCAGCCAUGGUGGAAUGCUCUUCUGGUGAAGCUUACUCGAAGUUACUAAUCAACAUUGACUUCUUUCAUCGGAGAAAUUACAUCCGAAGGGUGUAGUUUCUGUAGCCAAAAGUGAAACAAAAUAACAUUAUCAGUCAGCUCGGUGAGGCAAUAAAUGAAGGACGGUAAGAUAUCUGGGGAGAGAGAGAGAGAGAGAGGCAUAGUUUGUAUUGUGCAGAAAAUUUUGAUGUUCAGGUCAUCUGUGAGUAGCCAGCAGCCAUUAACGGACUGUAGAGAGCUCUGCCAAAGAAAAGCUAGAAGAUGAAGAAUAGGAGUUUGAAGAGCUAACUUUGUAUCUGGAGGAGCCACACACAGAAUGAAUAACUCACUCCAGGUUCUUGAUUCUUAUAGUUUUCACAUUGUAAAUAUUUGUAGGCAAAUCUAUUAUUCCAUUGGAUAUCUCCCAAAUUAACAAUUGCAGAUAUAUAGUGUCUCUUCAAUCCCCCUGUUUGUGAAAACAAAUAUCAUCAGAUCAUGUAUAAUUCUGUGAAAAAAUAAGGCAAAUUUUUCAUCUUUAGAAG